AUGUAAAAAAGAGGAAAGGUUAAUGAUUAUGAGACUCCCACAAGAAAAAUAAAAAAACGAAAUUUCAUAGAUCCUCAAUUAAAACUUGGUCUGAUAAAUAGUGUUGUUAUUGACCAUUUACCAAUUUAUUAAGCAGCACUAUUACAUAAAAUCAAAUAUUCUUCUGCCAAACACAUUGUUAGAAAUUAUCUAAGUGAUACAGAUAAUUUCUUAUCAAAACAGAAAAAAAGGGGUAGGAAAAUUAUUUAAAACAAUUUAAAAGUAAUAAUUGAUGUCAAUUCUGGGAAAAUCAAGAUCACAAGAUCGACACAAACGAUUUUGCCAACAAAUUAAUAACAAAAUAAUAAUUAAACAAUUCUUAAUAAUAUCCUAAGCGAUUUAUCACAUAACUUAUUGAAAGAAAUAAACAAAUCGCUAAAUAGUCAUAUUAAAAAUAAAUAGUACUAUAGACUUGAAUUCCCUAUGAUAAAUCUAUCAUUGGAGGAAUAAUUAUUAAAAAUGAAGACUAUACUCAACUCUUAACAUGAACAAAUGAAUUCAAAAUGA